AGGGUUUGGCCAUAAAUCGGAAGCGGCCGCGAGGGGUGUGGGGCGUUAGUUUCGUCGUUAGGGUUUCUCGCGGAAGCGAAUAGGCCUCCGGUGUCUCGGCACGAUGACUAAGCGCACCAAGAAGGCUGGAAUUGUUGGAAAAUAUGGUACCAGAUAUGGUGCUAGUUUGCGCAAACAAAUUAAGAAAAUGGAAGUUUCACAACAUGCAAAGUAUUUCUGCGAGUUCUGUGGAAAGUAUGCUGUGAAAAGAAAAGCAGUGGGGAUCUGGGGAUGCAAGGAUUGUGGGAAGGUCAAGGCCGGUGGGGCCUAUACCUUGAACACCGCUAGUGCUGUUACUGUGAGGAGCACCAUUCGUCGGUUGAGGGAACAAACUGAAGCGUGAUACACACAAACAGGUGUAGAAAUGCGUGCUCGACAAAGUUAAAUAGUUUGUGGCUUAGCCAUAUUCUUGAGGAGGGUUGAUGCUUUGGACAAUAUAUGUAUGUAGUCGAAUUUGUGUUAUCAUGAGGCAUUUGAAUUGCGAGGUUGCUUUGCUGCUUCAUUUGUAGUAAGGGCAGGGCUUGUUUC